CGUAAGUGGAUGGGUAGUGCAAAAUUCACCCCUUUAACAAUUUGAGUCUGGAGACAACUUCUGUUGAAACUAUACAGAAUACCUUUUUUCCAUGUGUGUCUUCACCUGAAAUGGCUCCCCCUUUUCAUCAAAUUCAGCAACAACUACUGAAAAUUAGGGGCCCUAGUUCAUAGUCAGGGCCUCUAUUACGUAAUCACACAUCCGGACACCACUGAGGCAGAUCGCCGCCAACGUUGUUCGCCACUUUGCGAGGACACAGACAACAAACACACGAACAGAGAGGCCCAACCGAACAACAACACACAUUUCGUCCACGUAGCGCUUGCUUGGAUUGAACGAUUGAAGCGCCAUAACAACAGAAGGAGAACAAGUAACCAAAGCACAGCUAUGCAAAGACUUCAAAGACUGCUAGGACAGAGCGGUGGGCUAGGCGGUGCUCCCCCAACGGACGGCCCUGUAAUUGACAACAAGGAGACUGUUUACAUCUCGUCUUUGGCACUCUUAAAGAUGUUGAAACACGGACGUGCUGGUGUUCCGAUGGAGGUUAUGGGUCUUAUGCUUGGAGAGUUCGUAGAUGAUUACACAGUGCACGUGAUUGAUGUGUUUGCCAUGCCCCAGAGUGGUACCGGUGUGUCUGUUGAGGCUGUUGAUGAUGUUUUCCAGACAAGAAUGAUGGAUAUGUUGAGACAGACGGGCAGAGACCAGAUGGUUGUUGGUUGGUACCAUUCGCACCCUGGGUUUGGAUGCUGGCUAUCCAGUGUUGAUAUCAAUACCCAACAAUCCUUUGAACAGUUGAAUCCAAGAGCUGUUGCAGUGGUUAUUGAUCCAAUACAGUCUGUGAAGGGUAAAGUUGUGAUCGAUGCCUUUAGACUGAUUAACUCUAGCACACUGAUGAUGGGAAUGGAACCUAGACAAACAACAUCCAAUGUGGGUCACUUGAACAAGCCUUCAAUUCAAGCAUUGAUUCACGGACUGAACCGUCAUUACUACUCUCUAAACAUUGAUUACAGAAAGACACCAUUGGAAACAAACAUGCUUCUCAACUUACAUAAGAAAGAGUGGCAAUCUGGAUUGGCAUUAAAAGAUUAUACACACAAGGAGAAACAUAACGCAGAUUCUGCUGCUCAAAUGGUGAAGAUUGCAGAACAAUAUGUUAAAAGAGUGGAGGAAGAGAAGGAGCUCUCCGAGGAACAACUCAAGACUAGAUUCGUUGGUAAACAAGAUCCAAAGAAACACUUGUUACAAACCGCAGAGGAUUUGAUAGAGGAUAACGUCGUAAGUGUUCUCACCGGUGCAGUUGAUACCAUUGCUAUCAAGUAAUCGUUAUUUCGAAAUGACUCUUGUGGUACAUUUUUUAAGUUUGUAGAUCCACCGUUUUAUUGCUUGAGCUCCCAAACUUGAAUGUAUGAUUCACCUAGGAAUAAUAGUUCUUUCUCCUUGGGAGUAACCUCCAAAUCUUUCACCUCAAACCAUUCAUCAUCAGAAUUCCUCAUUUGUACUUUCCAAUCGCUGCGUUCUUCAUUAGCUUCA